AUUAUAGAGCAUUCAUUAUAUAACAAGACAAUAAUGCAAGAUCCAAAAGGAUAUCAACAAGUCAACAGUUUGCAAAACAGAGAUCUUGUAGAUAUAUUAAAAGAAUAUCCAUUUGAAUGGAAACAGAAAAACGCAAGAAUUAUGGACAUAGGUUGCGGCGAUGGAAGCGCCACUACGGGUCUUUGGACAAAGUAUAUUCCAGAGAAUUUUAUGACGAUAGUCGGAUGUGACAAAAGUCAGGCAUGUGUAAAUUUUGCAAAGAAGAAUUACGAGAGUGAAAGAAUUAAAUUCAUAACGCUUAACAUUGAAGAUGAUAUACCCAGUGAACUUAAAGGAUGCUUUGACCACGUGGUCUCAAACUACACGUUUAUGUGGGUGCAACAGCAAGAGAAAGCCUUUUCUAAUAUAUUCAACAUGCUGGUAAAAGACGGCAAUUGCCUGCUAAUAUUCCUUGCCACUUGCAACAUUUACGAGAAUUAUAUUAAACUCUCGAGAACUUCAAAAUGGAAUCCCUAUCUUAAAGAUGUUAAGACCAAGUUUAUAUCACCCUAUCAUGAAUCACAGGAUCCAAAAUCCGAAAUUAGAAGUAUGAUGAAGAACAUUGGUUUCACUCAUAUUAAAAUUCAAGUGCAAAAUCGUACAUUUGAUUUUUUACGCGGUAUAGAAGAAUUAAAAGACAUGAUGAAAUCCUUCAAUCCCUUCGACGGCCUAGAGGAAAAAUGGGAUGAGUUCAUGGACGAUUAUGUUAAGCUUGAUCCCAAUGCGGGUACGUUCAUAUAUAAGCUGUUGGUUGUUUCAGGGACGAAAUGA